AUGGCUAACACUGCAUCCAUUGCUUUUUCAAUAGCAACUCAAGCGACACAACCUCCUCUCUUCAACGAGGACCUUUCAGAGAUAAUCUACCAAGUAUUCCGCUAUGGACUAAUUCCCUGUAUCAGCAUUCUGGGAAUUGCAGGGAAUGUGGCCAGCAUUGUCAUACUGACCCGACGAGGAUUCAGAAAAUGCUCCAAUAUACUUCUCCUGGCUUUAUCUGUCUCUGAUAUUCUAUUUCUAACAGGAAUAAAUAAUUUCCCAUUGUUCAUAUACCAGGAAACAACUCCUCGUGGAUUUAGAUUCUCUCAAAACAUAAAUUAUAUGUUCUAUAUUUUAUACACGACGUUUUUAUUUGCUCACAAUAUGGGACUUCACACCGCAAUGAUCAUCCCUGUUUUAAUAACAACAGAACGUAUACUGGCCCUUCUGUCUCCGCUCAAGGCUCUUUUCAUAUUAACACCUCCUCGUACAGUCAUUGUACUUGCCAGCCUUUAUGUUCUAAAUGGAUUUGUAUUUCUUUAUUACUUCAUAUUAUGCAGGGAGUUGAAACAAUACCGUAUAAAAGGAAGUGUUUUAGGUGUCUUUUCUCACACCGAAAUGUAUUUUGCAGGUGUUGAAGCUGGGGUGUACGGAAUGAUAGAGAGUAUAGUUAAUUACAUGACUGGAGUUAUACCCAUUAGUCUGGUAACAAUGGGAUGUGCAGUUAUUGGCAUCCAAGUUGUUUUCAUUACAAAGAAACGCGAGCAGCUCAUUACUGGGCAAAUAAAAACAACUCCAAAUACUCCCAUAUCGAAGACAACUAAAACGUUACUCAGUAUUUGUGUUCUGUACGUUUUGUGUAGUGGAUUUGGUUUUGUUCUUACAUACAUUGCAAAUACGAAUCUAGUAGAAAAUGACGAGUCAUUAAAGAAAGUACUGUCCUCGGUUCAGGACCUGUUAUUUUGUGUGAAUUGCGUGGGAGAUUUUGUUAUUUACGUCGGAACUCGUAAGUCAACACUGAGAACCAGAAAAAGCAACCUGAAAAAGUAA